AUGGCGCUGCGGUCCCUGCUGGCUGUGGCAACGGAUGCAGGGAGGGAAGCCAGGUCUUCACGGCUGGAAGAUCAGUCCUUGGAUAACCUCGAUUUUCAGAACAGCCGAGAGCUGGAGUCCUCUCAGGAGUUCUGCUGCGAGUUUCCCCCUCUUAGCCUGCCGGGCGUUGGCUCGGGCGGCAGCCGCGGCGGCAGGAUCUUCCGCUCGUCUGAUUUCGCCAAGCAUUUUGUCCAGACAGAUCUGCCCUUCCACCCCCUGGUGCAGAUCACCUACCACCCCCAAAACUCGGACUACCUGCUGGCCCUCAGCACCGAGAACGGCCUCUGGGUCUCCAGGGAUUUCGGAGAGAAGUGGGAGGAGAUCCACAAAGCCGUCUGCCUGGCCAAAUGGGGUGCAAACGACACCAUCUUCUUCACCACCUACCUGAACAACUCCUGCAAAGCUGAUCUGGGGUUACUGGAGCUAAAGAAAACCUCCGACUUCGGCAAAGCCUUCAAGGUCAUCGGCACCAAGAUUUAUUCCUUCGGGCUGGGAGGACGCUUUCUUUUUGCCUCCGUCAUGACAGAGAAGGGCAACACGAGGCGCAUUCAUGUCUCACUCGACCAAGGUGAGACCUGGAACAUGGCCCAGCUCCCCUCCGUCGGGCACGAGCAGUUUUACUCCAUCCUGGCCGCUAACGAUGACCUGGUGUUCAUGCACGUGGACGAGCCGGGCGACACGGGGUUUGGCACCAUCUACACCUCCGAUGACCGCGGCAUCGUCUACUCCAAGUCCUUGGAGCGGCACCUCUACACCACCACCGGUGGGGAGACCGACUUCACCAACGUCACCUCCCUGCGGGGCAUCUACAUCACCAGCGUCCUCUCCGAAGACAACUCCAUCCAGUCCGUGAUCACUUUUGACCGUGGUGGGGAGUGGGUGCCGCUGAGGAAACCCAAAAACACCACCUGCGACUCCACAGCCAGGAGCAAGGAAGAGUGCAGCCUCCACAUCCACGCCUCCUACAGCAUCUCCCAGAAGCUGAACGUCCCCAUGGCUCCCCUCUCCGAGCCCAACGCUGUCGGCAUCGUCAUCGCCCACGGUACCGAGCCUCAGCGGGGCGGGUGGCGGGGACAGAGAGACCGUCCAGGGGCUCGCCCCAUGAACGUCAGCGUCUGGGGCUUCCGGGAGAAUUUCCACUCCCGCAAGUGGGUCUCCUACACCAUCGACUUCAGCGAGCUGCUCAGCAGGACCUGCGAGGACAAGGACUACACCAUCUGGCUGGCCCACUCCAGCAAUCCCAGUGACCCCAGUGACGGCUGCAUACUGGGCUACAAGGAACAAUACCGGCGUCUCCGCAAGUCCUCCGUGUGCCAGAACGGCCGGGACUACAUGGUGACCAAGCAGCCAUCCGUCUGUCCCUGCACACUGGAGGAUUUUCUCUGUGAUUUUGGCUACUACCGCCCGGAGAACCAGUCUGUCUGCGUGGAGCAGCCGGAGCUGAAGGGACACGACCUGGAAUUCUGCCUCUACGGCAGACGGGAGCUGCUCAAGACCAGCGGGUACCGGAAAAUCCCUGGGGACAAGUGUUUGGGAGGGGAGAGCCCGAGCCGGAAGGAGACGGACAUGAAGAAGAAAUGCACCAGCAACUUCCUCAACCCCAGCCAGCUGGCAGCGUCCACCAGCUCCACCCCCAUCAUCCUGGCCGUGGUGGCCGUGCUCCUCGUCACUGCCGUGGCCGGAGUCCUCCUCAUCAAGAAAUACGUCUGCGGGGGCAGGUGA